AUGACCCUCGUUGGGCAAGUUCUUUUUUUUGUCGCACUUUUGAUAGUUGGUGUUUCUGGAAACAUUUUUAACCUCAUUUUUACUAUACAACAGCAAGUGAAGACCAGGAGCGUUCAGACUGUCAAUUUGAUCCUAAACGUCAUCUCCAUCAACAACAUUAUCUUGGUACUCGCCACCUUCGUGUUGGUGGUUAGUAUCUUUCAGGAUCCCCUGAUUUGGUGCAUCAGGCCAUAUCCUUUAUCUAUUCGGACUGAAAUAUAUCUAAUGAUGAGUUGUAGCUUCAUCAGCUUCUGGGCCAUUGCAUGGCUGAGUCUCUUCUACUGCAUCAAAGUUGUGAAUUUCUCCUCUGAGUGCUUCCGAGCACUGAAGAGGAACAUCUCCUCUGUGAUCAACGCUGCAGUGCUGCUGAGCUGUGUGUUCUCCUCCUUGUUGUUCUUCCCUAUGUUCUCACUCGAUGCAGCAGAUUCAAUGGAACAAAAUUACAACGUGAACGACAUUGGCAACUUGACCUGUCCACUGCCCUCCUUCACUAUACAGAUGAACGCAAACGCAUACGCUGCUGCUAUUCUUUGUCUCCUCUGCCCGAUCCCUCUGACGAUCAUGCUGCCUACCUCUCUCAGAAUGGUCAUCCAUCUAUGCGCCCACACGCUGGCUCUCAAGAAGAACCAGACCCAGGUGCAAGGAUCUGACUCGUACCUCCUGGUGUGCAAGAUUACUGUCUCCCUGGUGGGAGUUUAUAUGUCCACUCUGUGUAUCGUGGCUUUGUUUAUCAUUAUAAGGUUAAUUGGGCUGUCUAUCACCUACCACAUCUUAGCAAGUGCCUUUAGUUUUUACAGUGGCAUGACUUCUCUCCUUCUGACAGCUUCAAACAGGUAUCUGAAAGAGAAGCUCUGGAGUCUGUUCUGCUUUUGGAAGGCAGAGGAACAAGGUAGUAAAAGCCAGACAGUUGUGACAGGGGAUGUGUGAUCUGAUAAAGACAGUCUACUUCAGGGACUUGAAUUCUUCAAAUCAAAAACCUCUUGUUUUAAGUCUCUUAAAAAUAAAGAAAGUAAUAGUAAGUAAUAAGGUAAACAU